CCAGGGGCCACUACCUCGGCAUCUGCAAGCCCUGCGCCUUUGUCUUCAAGGGUGGCUGCAGCUCCGGCACCGUGUGCGGGUUUUGCCACCUGUGCCCGCCAGAGGACAAGAAGCUCCGCAAGAGGCUGUGGAAGGAGCGGAGGACCCGGGACACGCCUGACCUGGGGCCAGGGGCCCCUCCUGAGCAGCACCCCCUCGGCGAGGAGGGCCGCCGGAGCCCUGCGGGCCGUCGUGGGCGCCGCCACGGAGGCCUGAGCCGCCCUCUCUCUCUCUCGGGGCAGGGCUCGCAGCGCGUGCGAGGCGGGGGUUCGUACACGGAUCGGGGGAUUCGAGGCUGGUUAUCAUUUUCCUGGCGGCCCCGUCAAGCCGACCCGAGUCCCCCGAAUCCGAGGCUGACGCGUCCUCGGCUUUCGUGCGGCGCCCCGGCGGUCAAAGCACGUCGGGGCGCCGGUGUUUUCAAGCAUUUAGGAAUUCUUGGCGCUUCGCGUGUGCCCACAAGCCCAUCUCGGGGCUUUUGGUAAUUCUUGGCGCUUCGCGUAUGCCCACCAGCCCAUCCCAAGAGGGAGGGACGUGCUGUUCUUGCCCGAGUUGCUCCCGCCCCGCCCCCGGGGCGGCGCUCGGCCUCGGCCCUCCGCCGAGCACUGCGCCGCGGGGGGCCGAGGCGCGCACAAGGCGCGCUUCACGGGGCGCCCCCCCGGGCAGCCCGCAAGGACGCGCUGCCCGGCCGGCCCGCGCCGAAUUCGAGGAGGACGACGACGCCGCGGCCCGCGGCGAGGAUGGCGAAGACGUC